GGGCUGGGCGGGACGACGGGCGCAGGGCACGGCGCGGAGCAGGUGGAGAGCAUGGAGCCGGUGAGGGACCGGGUCAUCAGGGUCACCUUCAACGCGGACGUGCAUUCCAGCAUCCAGUGGAACUUCAGACCCCAGCAGAGGGAGAUCUACGUGGUACCAGGAGAGACUGCACUAGCAUUUUAUAAAGCGAAAAAUCCUACAGACAAACCAGUAAUUGGCAUCUCCACCUACAAUGUAAUACCCUUUGAAGCAGGACAGUAUUUCAAUAAAAUACAA